AUGGACUCCAUUGAGUUCUUUCAAGUUUUCAUCAUAAUCAUCAUACUCAUCAUGACUCUGUUCUACAUCUACUUCAGAUCAUUAACAUCUACUUCUUCUUCUUCCACUUCUUCUGUUGCUGCUGUUGAUACUGAUAUCCUCCCUCUUCAAGAAAAGCAGAAAAUCGAAACCUACAUAGAUUACAGGCUUGUGAGAGGAGAUGAAAUUGCGCCUGCACUCCUCGAAGCAAUCGAGAGAUCUACGAUUUCAGUAAUCAUUUUCUCAAAAAAUUAUUCUUCUUCCAUUUGGUGUCUGGAUGAACUUGUGCAUAUUCUAGACUGCAAAGAAAAAAAAGGCCAGCUGGUUGUACCCAUUUUUUACGACAUCAGUCCAUCAGAUGUACGAAAACAAAAGGGUAAUUAUGCGCUUGCAUUUCGUCAACUUGAAAAACGCUUCAAGGACAAUAUCGACAAGGUGCACAAGUGGAGGGAUGCUUUGACAAAAGCAGCCAAUCUAUCUGGGUUUGAUGCUUCAGAAAAAACAGAGUCUGAGGCUGCUUUAGUUAAGAAAGUUGUCGAAGAUAUUUGGACAAAAUUGAUUCAUGAAUCAUCAUGUGAUUUAAAGGGCCUGGUUGGAAUCAAAAGCCGCAUCCAGCAAAUCGAAUCGUUAUUAUGCUUGGAUUCACCAGGUGUUUGCUGUAUGGGUAUUUGGGGCAUGGGUGGUAUUGGCAAGACCACCCUUGCUACUGCUGUAUUUAACAGGCUUGCCUCUAAAUUUGAAGCUGCUUGUUUUCUUGCAAAUGUUAGGGAGAAAUCAGAACAAACGGCGGGUGGAUUAAAUCAGUUGCAAAAUGAACUUGUUCGUGAGAUAUUAAAGGAUAAAGAUAUAAACAUCGGCACUCUGUCUAUAGGACCAACUUCUAUUCGAGAUAGGCUCAUGCGUACAAAGGCGCUCAUUGUUCUUGAUGAUGUGAAUGCUUCAAACCAACUAGAAGUUCUUGUUGGUGACCAUGAUCGGUUUCGCGACGGAAGUCGAAUCAUUAUAACUGCUAGAGAUAAAGGAGUACUUGAGCAAAAAGUUGACAAUGAUAAGAUAUACAAGGUUGAGGGAUUACGGUCGGAUGAAGCUCUUCAGCUUUUUCAUUCCCAUGCUUUGAGAAAUAAGUCUCCAACAAAAGAUUAUAAUAAGUUUUCAAGAAAGGUGAUAGAUUAUAGUAAGGGCGUUCCCUUAGCUCUUAAAGUUAUGGGGUCCUUAUUCCUUGGUUGCAAGAGAAAACAAGAGUGGAAAGAUCAAAUGAACAAAUUGAAACGAUUUCCAAGCGAAGAAAUCAAUAAAGUGUUGAGAGUAAGUUACGAUGGAUUAGAAGAAAAUGAGAAGGAGAUAUUUCUUGAUAUAGCAUGUUUUCAUAAAGGCAAUAACUCAAAUUAUGUAAAAGUGUUAUUAGAUAGUCAUGGUUUCUAUGGGGAAAUCGGAAUCAAAGUUCUCAUUGAUAGGUCUCUCAUAUCAAUUUCAAAACGCAAGUCCAUAGAGAUGCAUGAUUUGGUGCAAGAAAUGGGUAGGGCAAUUGUUCGCGAACAAUGUAUUGAAGAACCCGGAAAACGCAGUAGGUUGUUCAGUGCAGAGGAUGUCUAUCAAGUAUUGACAAAUAACCAGAUAGCUGCAACUGUUCCAGCCAUAUCCUUUAACUGUUCUAAGAUUGAAAAGCGAAACUUGAAUCAUGCAAACUUUGAAAAGAUGUGUCAACUGAGAUGGCUACAUGUCUGGCAUUCUAAGUUUUCCAAGGAGUGCACAUUAAUGGUUCCUCUUGAUCUUCCCAAUUCUCUUAGUUAUCUUCACUGGCACAAAUAUCCUUCAAAAUCUUUACCAUCAAAAUUUUCUCCUGUAAAUCUUGUUGAGCUUCAUCUGCCGUCCAGCCAGGUUGGGGCGCAACUUUGGACUAAAGACCAGACUCCUUUGAACUUAAAAUGGAUCAGUCUUCGUGAAUGCGAACAUCUAAUUGAAGUCCCAUAUCUCUCUCGGAGUGUAAAAAUUAAGCAUAUAGAUCUGUUUGGCUGUGAAUGUUUGGUUGAAAUUCCUUCGUAUUUUCAACAUCUUGGCAACCUUACUUAUCUUAACCUUGGGGGCUGCAAAAAUCUCAAAAAUCUUCCCGAGAUGCCAUGCAGUCUUGAAUUCUUAAAUUUAUCUCGGACAUCAAUAGAGGAAUUACCUUCAUCAGUUUGGUCUCACAAAAAAAUAUCACACUUAGAUAUUAGAUAUUGUGAACACCUUACGAGUCUUCCAAGCAACACUUGUAAGCUGAAACUCUCGAGUUUGCUUAGUCUACGUGGCUGCUAUUCUCUUUGCGAGUUGUGGGAGCUUCCCAGGAAUACAACAGUGCUAAAAUUGUCGAAUAUAUCAAUAAGAGAAUUGAGGAAUACAUCAAUAGAGUUUGUCGUUGGUAUCACUGCAAUUACACUGAUUAAUUGCAAAAACCUUGUGAGUCUCCCAACAAACAUUUGGAAGUUGAAAUCUCUAAAGAGCCUUGAUCUCAGUUUGUGCUCCAAAUUUCAAAACUUCCCGGAAAUCUCGGAGGCUAUGGAACAUCUAAAGUUUCUAAAUUUAACAGGUACAGCAGUUAAAGAGCUACCCCCAUCAAUUGGAAAUCUAGUUGCGCUUCAAGAAUUAGAUCUCCACAAGUGCAAGAACCUUGAGGUUAUCCCUGAUGACCUCUUUUGCAUAACCUCGUUACAAAAGCUAAAUCUGAGUUGCACCAAAAUUAAGAGUUACCUGCAAGCAUCAAACAAGCUGCUCGGUUGUCUUACCUGUGCCUCAUCGGUUGCAAGAGCCUUGAAUCUUUACCAGAGCUCCCCAAUUGCUGCAAUGUCUUGA